UACUAACAAAGAUCCAAGCUUUACGACGUACUUUGUGCUUUGCAUGCAGAGAAAAACAAAGAGACUGUAUUUAUUUAAACACACACACACACACAAGAAACAAUAUUUUUUUCUUUCUGGGAAAGUAGUUUGAAGAAGAGAGAAAGAUGGCGGAAACGAUCAUCGGCUUGGAAGAAAUCAAGAAUGAGACCGUAGACCUUGAGCGGAUUCCUGUUGAAGAAGUGUUUCAAAAGUUGAAAUGCACCAAAGAUGGGCUAUCGAGCGAGGAAGGCCAAAAGAGGCUCCUCAUCUUUGGUCCAAACAAGCUUGAAGAGAAGCAGGAAAGCAAGGUUUUGAAGUUAUUGGGAUUUAUGUGGAAUCCUCUGUCAUGGGUGAUGGAGAUUGCAGCAAUUAUGGCCAUUGCUUUGGCUAAUGGAGGAGGCAAGCCCCCAGACUGGCUAGACUUCAUCGGUAUCGUGGCGUUGCUGUUUAUCAACUCGACGAUUAGCUUCAUCGAAGAAAACAAUGCCGGCAAUGCUGCUGCAGCUCUUAUGGCUGGUCUUGCCCCUAAGACCAAGGUCCUAAGUGACGGGAAGUGGAGCGAGCAAUAAGCUUCAAUUUUGGUGCCGGGAGACAUCAUCAGCAUUAAGUUGGGAGAUAUUUCCCAGUAGAUGCACGUUUCCUUGAAGGCGAUUCACUCAAGAUGAACAAUCGGCCCUUACUGGCGAGUCUUUGCCUAUAAACAAGAAUGCAGGGGACGAGGUAUUCUCGGUUUCUACUGUCAAGCAAGGUGAGAUCAAGGCUGUUGUUAUUGCCACCGGCGUCCACACCUUCUUCGGAAAAGCUGCUCACCUCGUUGACAGCACCAACAACUUAGGACACUUCCA